ACGUCAAAACAAAUCUAUCAACGCAAAAAGCCGCACUUCUUCAUCGUCUGCAAAUUAUUGCAAAAACAACAUGGAAGUAGAAAUUGAUACUACAACCAGAAAUAGUAUUUGGAAGCGUCUGUCAAGAAAUAUCAGUCAAAGCAAACUCGGAGAUUUCGCCAGGGCUGUUAACAAAGUGUUUACAAGCAUAAAGAUUUGCAGGAAAAAUAGUGAAGUCCAAGACCCAAUUCCUGUGUCGUCUGAUUUUGUUUAUCCGAAUGACAGAUUACUAAGCAACAAUGAGAUUCUGAGACAGCUUGAGGUCCUAGAAAGAAGAUUCAAUCAACAGACAGAUAUUCUUGCCAGAGCUCAAGGCAUAGAAGUACAUUUCAAGAAAGCCAAACCAUACCACGGAGAUAUUUCACCAGACAUCAAACCUGACCCCCGGUCAGUUCUCAUUGCGACUUUACGUCUUGCCCGUUACACCGAGGAAAAGUUUGCUGAGCUAGAGAAGUUGGCGCAGCAAGUAAAUGAGAGGAGAGAAAAAUUGCAUACCCUUGAUUCGUGAGCUCACACCCUGAACAUCUGAAAUGAGCUGGCAGUUUUUUUUCUACAUUUGUAUAUAAUUUUAUUUGUUGAUAUCCAUAAAUUAUUUUUUCUGCCAAAAUACACUUCUAGUAUUGUUCGA